AUGAAACGUUCUAUCGAGAAGACAUGGUGGAAGGAAGCCGUUGUGUAUCAAAUUUAUCCAGCCUCAUUCCUCGACACGAAUGGCGACGGCCUAGGAGAUCUUCCCGGCAUCAUCAGCAAGGUCCAAUACAUCAAAUCUCUUGGAGUCGAUGCAAUAUGGCUAUCUCCGAUCUUUGCCUCGCCACAAAAGGACAUGGGCUACGACAUCGCGGACUAUCGAUCGAUCCACGAGCCUUACGGCAACGUCGAGGAUGUCAUGCAGCUGAUCAGGGAACUACACAACAACCAGAUGAGAUUGCUGAUGGAUCUUGUCGUCAACCACACAAGCGACCAACACGCCUGGUUCAAAGAAUCUCGCAGCUCUAAACACAAUCCAAAACGCGAUUGGUACUUCUGGCGCGACGCGCGAUACUGCUCCGACGGCACUCGAUACGAACCGAACAACUGGCGCAGCAUCUUCGGUGGCUCGGCAUGGCACUGGGACGAUGACACUCAGCAAUAUUAUCUCGCCCUCUUCCUCCCCUCCCAGCCCGACCUCAAUUGGGAGAAUGAAGAUGUGCGGCAAGCUACAUACGAUGAUAUGCGGUUUUGGCUCGACCGUGGCGUUGAUGGCUUCAGGAUCGACUCCAUGAACUUGAUGUCUAAGGACCCUUCCCUCCCGGACGCAGAAGUUACCGAUCCCAAAGAGAAGUAUCAAGAUGGGUCAGCCCACUUCGCCUCUGGUCCCAGAAUGCACGACUACAUCCGCGAGAUGCGGACAGAAGUCUUCGAUCACUACGAUGUGAUGACGGUCGGCGAGCUGGGAUUCACGAAAGACGAAGCCUCAGUCUCUCAAUACGUCGCCAAAGAUCGCCACGAGCUGAACAUGAUCUUCACCGGCGACAUUGUAGAUAUGGACUUUGGCCCUAAUGGUAAAUAUACCCGCGACGACUUCCACCCCUCCAAGAUCCGGCAUAUCACGAAUCUCUGGCAACAAGCCAUGCCAAAAUUCGACGGGUGGAAUAGUGUGUACCUCGAUAACCACGACUCUGGACGCUCGUUAUCGCGCUACGCCUCCGAUGCGCCAGAACACCGUGCUGCAGCGGCGAAGAUGUUGGCGACGUACCUCUUGACCCUGUCGGGGACACCAUUUCUACUCGCAGGGCAGGAGAUCGGGACAGCCAAUCUCGGAAAAGACGUUGGAGUGGACGCAUAUAUCGACGUUGAAGGACGAAACGUGUACGAAGCCGUCCUAGCUCAGCGAGGCGGUGACACUUCUCAGAUGGGCGAUGUGCUCAGGGAAAUGCAGCUCAAAGCCCGGGACCACGGACGAUUGCCGAUGCAAUGGAGUGAUGAGGUCAACGUGGGUUUCUGCCCUGCUGAUGUGAGGCCGUGGAUGACGAUCAACAAGGAUCAUAAGGAGUGGAACGUUGCGGCUCAAGAUGGGGACAAGGAAAGUGUGCUGGGGUUCUAUAAGAGAUUGUUGAAGCUUAGGAGGGACUGGACGGAUCUCUUUGUGUAUGGGUCAUAUGAACCAUUGCCGGAAGAGCAGACGGGGGAGACGGUGCUGGGCUGGGAGUGGAGGUCGCAGAAUGGGGCGAGGGCUUUGGUGUUGUUGAACUUUUCAGACCGGGAGCAGAGUGUUAUUGUCAAUGGGUGCGAGGAGAAUUCAGUCUUGGUGUCGAAUGGGCGGGCGACCGUGAAGGAGGCAUCAGUAACAUUGGGCCCAUACGGGGCGAUAGUUUCAAUGCUCGCAUAG